ACAAAAUGUCGGCUGUCGUUCUGAAGUAGCAUUUCGCAUGUAGCAUAAUAAUGUCCUAAAGCCGUUUAGACGAUUAUUUAGUGCUCUCCGUUGCCAGAAUGUCUUCUCAGGACUUGAUUGGACCUGCACUGCCCCCAGAGUUAAGCAAGACUGAAGAUUCCGAUGACGAACGCGACUUUGCCGGUCCUGCUUUGCCCCCUGGUUACAAACGAGGAGAACCUUCCAGCUCCUCGGAUGAAAGUGAGGACGUGGUGUUCAAAAGAGUGAAGACGGAACACAAACAUGCAGAGAUGGAGAAGACAAAGACUGAAGACAACGAUGACGACGGCUUUUUUGGGCCGGCUUUACCACCAGGUUUUAGCAAGAAACCCAGUUCACCAGAGAGGUCACCUGUGCUGGGACCAGCUUUGCCUCCAGGUUUCCGCCGUGCUGCGUAUGAUGACCAGGAUGACCAGGAUGAAGAUGGAGAGGAUGUACCAGGACCUGCCUUGCCCCCAGGCUACAAGGCGGAUCCGUCCAGCAGCGAGGAAGAGGAGGAUUUUGUCAUCGGACCCAUGCCGGCCAAAGGGCCAGUUGAAAACACCGUGGCUCUGGACAUUGAACGCAGGGCACAAAUGAUGAGAGACAAGCUGACUAAAGUUGACACUCCUGAGAUGCCAGGCAGAGAGACGUGGAUGACGGAGCUCCCACCAGAACUGCAGCACAUCGGUCUGGGGGCUCGCACUUUCAAGAAGAAGUCUGGUCCGGAGAAGGGCGACCGCUCAAUUUGGACCGAUACGCCUGCGGAUAGAGAGCGCAAAGCCACGGAGCGGCGUGAGAAAAAGAAAAAAGGCGAUGCUAAGAAAGACAGCCCCCCGCGAGUGUCUCAGAAGGAUCUGGAAACAGCAGAGAAGGUGUCCAAGUAUAAUAAUACAAAACGCUCGGAAUCUUUGCUGAGUUUGCAUGCAAAGAACCUGAAGGAAAAGGCAAAGGAAGGCGAGGAGCAGCCGGCGGAGAGGCGGGCGUUCGACCGGGAGACCGACCUGCAGGUCAACCGCUUUGACGAAGCGCAGAAGCAGCGGCUGCUGAAGAAAUCUCAGGAACUCAACACGCGCUUCUCGCACAGCAAGGAUCGGAUGUUCCUGUGAGGACAGAGUUAUUAAACUAAUGAACUCUGAUGAUCCUGCACAAGACUGCCCAGCCAUCACGGUGCAGUCCAACUUUUGUAAGUAAGAUGGAGAUAGCAGAAGAAGCCAGCCGCAAAAUACAUUGUUUACUUUUUCAGGACUUGUUGGCAAUAUGUGAGAUGAUGAUAUACGUAUGCCUCUAGACCAGGGGUGUCCAAACUUUUACCUCUGACUAAUGAAAUUUGAUAUUUGUCAUUUUCAAAACCAUUAGGGGUCCCCUCAAUUUUGGUGAAUGGUAAAGAAGUCUCAGUCAUUAAAGUGUUAAAAAUAAGUCAUUUUUGUUGUACUUUCAAUACUUAAAUAUCUUUAAAUCAACUUCAGAUCUAUCAGUUUCCAUUGUUUUUUUAUACCCUUUUUUUUUUUUU